AUUGGUGCUAUUGAGAGACAAGUCUUUGACUUCUUGGGGUUUAUGUGGGCCCCAAUUAUUGGUAAUUUCUUCACCAUAGCUUGUACAGUUAUAGGAUUAUUUGGGGCUUGUCAAUAUCGACCAAAAUUUAUCAUUGUAUUUACAGUAUGGAGUUUAUUAUGGUUAGGAUGGAACAUGUUUGUCAUUUGUCUAUAUUUAGAAGUGGGUGUUCUCAGCAGGACGAACAAUUUGUAUAUAUUAAAUAUUGGGACUAAAAAUAAAAGUUGGUGGUUGGAGCACGGAGUAGGAUGUCGUAUAACCAAUACGUCCUGGUUGGACGAGGGGUCGAGUGUAGACUCUAGUCGUCCCAUUCCACCAGAAGAGUUUGUAGAGGGCUGUAUGUUACAAUAUUAUUAUGUGGAAGUAAUACAUGCUGCAGCUCAAUGUCUUCUAUCUGUA